UGGGAGCGGUGGCAGCCAGCGUCAGUCGGUGCAGCGCGUGCUGUGAGGUGGGUGGCUCCGACCAGUCAGAGCGCAGAGCCGGCACACACGUGGGAGACUGGUGUACAAAGGACGGACGAGACGUCGGACUGAGUCGCCGAGUGUGUGUUCUGAGGACAAGAGACCGUUGUAGAACAGGGAACCAGGUGGCUGUGAUAUGUCACGACAGAAGAGCAGUAGAAGACCGGUGAUCAGCGGCAUCGCCGUUGCAUUUGUAGCUUCACUGAUGGCACAGCUGGUGUGGACGGCCGACGUGGACCGGGACCAGAUCCAGCGGCUCAAGGACCAGCUGGCUGUGGAGACCCGACCGGCCGGCGAUCAGUUCGUCAGGUUCUUCGUACCCCCGCCAGCGCGGUCACUCAACGAGUUGGACGUCGAUCAGCUGAGCGCGGCCGACCUGAUUCGACCUCUGAACGCGCCCCAGAUACUCUCCCUGGACGUCAAGUGUGGAGCCGACAACAUGCAGAUUCAGCUCAAAUUCGACAGGCCCUUCAAUGGCAUCGUUUACUCAAAGGGCUACUUUUCGUCCAAGAGCUGCCACCAUGUGGCCGGUGGAGGCGGGAGGACGUCACGCUCCUUCACCAUCGGCGCCGACUCGUGUGGCACGCGCUUUAGUCGCCACGAGGACGGCAGGGAGUACAUGGAGAACAGCAUCGUCAUCCAGAACGACGCCGGACUGCAAAAGGCGUUCGACUCUGCCCGCAAGAUCCGCUGCAUGCUGCGUCCGCACGGGGCGCGGCAGGUCAACGAGAAGGUGGUGUCGUACGCCUUCAACGUGGACACGCUGCACCAGAAGGAGGUCACCUUCGAGACUGAUGAGGACGUCAGCAAGGCCAACGCCGUGCUGGACAUUCAGAUCGGCCAGGGCCCGUACGCUCCUUCGGUGGACGGUCUGGUGAAGAUUGGCGAUAUCCUCACUAUGGUAGUCGAGGCGGAGGGAGACAACGACGUCGACGUGCGCGUGCGACAGUGCAUCGCCAUGAACGGCGACAGGUCGUCCCACGUCAACCUGACUGACGACGUCGGCUGUACGAUGAAGCCGAACCUGCUGUCCCCCUGGUUGAAGACGAGGCAGGAAAAGGCGGUGAUGGCCUACAGUUACUUUUCGGCGUUCAAGUUUCCGGAGCAGAUGGACGUCAUCAUCGAGUGUAACCUGGACCUGUGCAAGGGAGAGUGCGGCGUUUGUGAGGAGGACGUUACAGCGGUCUCGGAGGCUCUGAGCCGGUCCCGUCGCUCGGUCAACGGCUCAUCCUCCGCCGCCGAACAGCGCACGGAGGCUCGCGAACCGGUCCGCCUCGCCCGGCGACUGCGCGUCGUCGCUCCCCAAGACAUUGCCAUCACGGAAGCAACGCGUACACUCCUGCCGCACGACACGGCACUCGACGUGCGCUUCGACACGGUUUGUGUAUCGGUGCUGACGUUUGUCAUCAGCCUGGUGGUGAUUCUGCUGCUGCUGUUCGUCGCCUCCAUCACCACGGCGGUGUUGUGUGUGCGCGCCCGCGGACAGAACACGGCGCUGGUCACGGCCCUGCCAGACUCGUCGUUUCAUGCGUUCUCGAGCAUCUCUGGUAAGCCGUGAGGGAAGGAGAGGGAGAAGGGGAUAAUUGGCGACUGAUGUGCAGUGGUAGAGCGGGAGGGGAGGGAAGUUGACGUGGGGAGUUUUGGCCUUUGGGGAGGUGGGAAGUUAAGUUGAGGAGUGAGGGAGUGAAGCAGGAAGUGAUGUUGGAGAGACUUGAGAAAAGGUAGCGUUAAGUUGUCGGAGGGAGGUUGAGACGAUCCUGUUCUUUCAGUAAUGUAUUGCGUGGAUGUGCAAAAGAGAGUGUGUAUGCAGUGAAUGAGGGAAUGAGGUAGCAGUGUUCUUAUACUUUUGGUCGUUACCGAGUGGUGUGCAAUUUAUUUUGUCAGACUACAUUUGCAGGUAGGGCUUGGUUAAUCAAUCAUGGGUUUAGAGUAAGAUGUAAGAGUACCACCAGCGUCUCUCAGUAGCCCGUUUCGUCCACCAUCCCAAAUUGAAAUGGAUGUCUCGGUAGAUGGGUACGAUGCGGUUACUGGUUAUGUCACGGAGCGCAUGGCUAUUGGAUAUAAUCGACAAAUCAAGUGUUGCCUCACUCAUGGUGUCAAUGUGGUGCUGUCACUCUUUUGAUCGAUGAUCAUUUCAGGAGAACCGUUGUUUACCAGUCACCUGACACUUAGCGGUUUGAUAGCCCUAAACAGCUGAAUAAGCAUCGAGGGCGACCGCCUGGCCUUUCGACAAUCACUGGCGUCAAAUGCGGUUCUGUGACGUGACGUGACCAUUUGCCGUCAAAUGCAUAUAUGACGCCGUUAUUUAACGUCAAAUGUGAUCAUUUGACGUCAAAUGCGACCAUUUGAUGCGAUCAGUACGGUGUGACCGGCGACAGUCUGUGCUUUCCGGUAAUCUGUAUGGAGUCUCCGAUUCCGUCUAAGCUGGUUUAAUGAUACUGUCCGUUUGACACCGUCUACUCGACGGUGUGGAGCGCAUGUUUUUUCGCGACAGUGUGUUGUGUGCUAUGUGGAAAAGUGUUGUGAUAUGCUGCUCAGUUGAGGCAGUACUGUUCCGUGCCAAUGAGGCGGGAUGCUGCCCUGACCGAAGUGAGCACUGAACGUCAACCCCUGCUGAUACAAUGUUUGGCUUUAUGCGAAGCCUGGUUGAGCUGAACUUACUUGUAGGGAAAUGUAAGCGUUUGGAGAUGUCGAUCAUCGAUAGUUGAUUGCCGUUCCCGUCGUAUACUGUCGAAAACAUGCUUACACAGCGAUAAUUUAUUAUUAAUACCGUUCAAAAUAUACAACUUUUAAAACUGGCGAGCAAAAUCGCACACGGCAUUUUCGCAGCACACUCGGAGCGGCGUUACGCAUACACUGAUAAAGAACCGAGGAAAAGGAGGACAGCAUCGGGACAAACAAUAGGUGAGGUGAAACAAAAACGGUGCGAAUUUCAACAAUGCACAUGCACGGGGACUGAAACGACGACUAAAUACAGUUAACCGGCGCGCGCCUCUCACACUGAGGUUGGUACGGCCACAACUCAACGGGGUAUAGAGGUGAUGUUCAAUGUCGCAUUCAGCAGAGUUGCAUCAAACCAAGUCCGCUGGUCUCUGUUCGAUAACGGGCGGCCAGAUUCCCGAUCAGUUAGCCAUGGUAUAACCAGGAGACCUUGCAUCGGAUAUUGACGGCAGCUACUUACCGGCGGAACCAGCGGCCCCGUACACUCCAGUCAACAGAUAACUAGCAUCCGUGCAGCAGGUACUAACCAUAACAAUAUGUUAUGCGAGUAGCUACUUUAACAGGUUGUUGCAACAGUUGGUUCUCGCUAACGGUAUUUAACAACAAUAAGUUACAUCUAACAUGUUUACGAUAAUUUAUUGUAUAACAACUUUGAGCUAGCUUGGCAAGUAAUCCACUGAGAUGCUUACUCUAACAUUUUUGGAAGCAUUCAUUUUUAUGAUUUUCACACACGAGUGCCGGCGCGCUCGGAGUACAUAAGAGAACAUUCAGAGAAGGGCGAGGGCCAGCCGUCUCUCAGGGCCGUCCUGUCACCGCCAGGGGCCCCUGCCGCCCCGGGGCCCCGCUCUGGCCCGUGCCGACCCCGGG